CAUCCCGAGCAGUCAGGUUCAACCCCAGUACGGAACCGACGGCAGAGAUAGUCCAACGCACACGAUCUGUGGGGCUAUUGCGCUUGGCCGUGUAUUCCGUCCCCAAAUGCCGCUUGUUUCUGCCCACAGUUCCGAAGAGCAAAAACCAUCAGCUCCACCGGAAACCGGAUCAUUUGUUUCUCCCGUCCAAAUCUACACGAUCCCUUCCAAAAUCGCAUUAACACCACCGAGAAAUCUCCCAAAUUUUAAUCAUUUUGCUUCCGAGGCACCAAAAAGUUUAGUCUUUGUGUAGUCUGCUACUAGUGUGAUCCAUCGUUUGUGCCCAAAUCCAACUGUUCCUUCUCCGACUCUUUUGAUCGGUCCUUUUCCCGCCCCAAAUCCACUAAUUCCCCUCCAAAAUUUGAUCUUUUUCGCCUCCAAGCCCAGAUUUUUUCUUGGGUUUUGCCGUCGGCUGGGGCGCGAAAUUCCUCAAGCUGGCGACCCCGGCGCGCCCAUGGACCUGCCCGGAAGCUCUGCCCCCCACGCCGACGAGGGCCCGGCCGGUCUCGUCAACCGGGGGGAGCUGGUGCGCGUCAUCACGCAGUCGCUCUACUCCCUCGGGUACCGGAAGGCCGCGGCCGCGCUCGAGGCGGAAUCCGGCGUGCCGCUGUACCCGCCGGAGCACGACCGCCUGCUGCUCGAUGUGAUGUCUGGCCGGUGGGACGCGUGCGUGGAGACCGUCCGCUCGGUCGCCGGCGUCGGCGACGGGGACCGAGCGGUCGCGCAGUUCCUGGUAUGGAGGGGGCACUACCUGGAGCUACUGGGGAUGGGGGACGCCGGCGUGCGGCGGGCGUGGGAGGUGCUCCGGCGCCGGAUUGCGCCGCUCGAUGUUGACAGGAGGUGCGUGCACUGUCUGGCACGCGCCAUGGUCUCGUGCGAGGGGGUGGUCGCGCCGGAGGCUGUGGUUGAGUGGAGGAUUGGGCUGUUCUUGGAUUUGGUUGAGGUGUUGCCACCAUGGUUCCAUGUGCCGAGUGGGAGGCUGGAGUAUUUGGUGGAGAGUGCUGUUACGAGGCAGGUCGCAUCAUGUGUAUAUCACAAUUUGCCAGACGAGAUCACUCUGUUUGAGGAUCAUAAGUGCCACGAUGAGCAGAUCCCUUCUGAGUGUGCUCAGAUAUUAUGUGGUCAUAGUAACGAAGUUUGGUUUGUAAGGUUCUCAAAUAAUGGAAACUACCUGGCAUCGUCUUCAAGUGAUUGUACCGCCAUCAUUUGGAAGGUGGAAAAUGAUGAUACGUUGACCAAGAAGCACUGCCUCAAGGGUCACCAAAAUCCAAUUUCCUAUGUUUCCUGGAGCCCAAACGACAGAAUGCUACUUACUUGUAGUACAGGGGAAUUUUUAAAACUGUGGAAUAUUGAUACUGGUGAAUGCGAUCUUAAAUUCAGAGGUUCAGUAGACUACAUCAUCACUUCAUGUGCAUGGUUUCCUAAUUCGGAGAAAAUAGUAUGUGCCAGUUCUGAGCCUGGGAGUUCUCCAAAUAGAAUCUUCACUUGUGACCUAGAAGGUCAAGAACUGGAAGUGUGGGCUGGAGAGAGAAUACCUAAAGUCAGUGAUCUUGCUGUGACACCUGAUGGCCAACAUCUAAUCUGUGUAUCUUGUAACGAAAUUUGGAUUCGAAAACUUCCAAAGGGGCGGGAAUGGAGAAUCCGUGAGAAGCAGACGAUUUCAUCUUUUUCUCUCUCAGGUGAUGGACAGUCACUCAUUGUCAACCUUAACAGCCAGGAAAUUCAUUUGUGGAAAAUCAAUGAAAGUUCUGCUGUGCCAGAAAAGUUCAAGGGGCACAAGCAAGAAAAGUUUGUGAUUAGAUCUUGCUUUGGGGGUUCAAACUCCUUGUUCAUUGCUAGUGGCAGUGAAGAUUCACAGGUCUACAUUUGGAAAAGACACCUCGGCACACCGAUAAAGGUCUUACAUGGCCACUCGAUGAUUGUGAACUGUGUAAGCUGGAAUCCUUCCAGGCCCCAAAUGCUGGCUUCUGCUAGUGAUGACCACACAAUUCGAAUAUGGCUAGCUCGCAAAACUCGAAGUACACCUAUUUAAAGUACAAAAUUUUGUAUGCCCCCCUGUAAAUAGUUGUACAUUUGGAGUUUUGGAUUGCAUGCACAAAUCUGUUUAGAGUUUUUAGCUACUUUCAGAGUUCAGACUUCAGAGAGAUUACAUUCGAACGGAGGUAGCAGGGGUGCUGUGUUCACUAUGUAUGCAUGUUUACUAGUUGAAGUUUUGACCCUUCUGUACAGGACACACAUGCAUCCGAACUUUGUACAUUUUAUGAGCCGCUACUCGUUAAAAGCGUCCAUAUAUGACUUCUGCCUGUGUA